UGGCGGCCUCCGGGCGAUAGUGCAGCAGUCGCGGCCGUGGUUCCAGCGCGUCUCGUCGGGUUCCCCCAGGAGCGCCAUGGCGGAGCUGUGUCCCCUGGCCGAAGAGCUGUCGUGCUCCAUCUGUCUGGAGCCCUUCAAGGGGCCGGUCACCACGCCCUGCGGCCACAACUUCUGCGGGUCGUGCCUGGACCAGACGUGGGCCGUCCAGGGCCCGCCGUACCUAUGCCCGCAGUGCCGCACCGGCUUCCAGACGCGGCCACAGCUGCACAAGAACACGGUGUUGUGUGCGGUGGUGGAGCAGUUCCUGCAGGCCGAGCAGGUCCAUCCCGAGCUCCCCGACGACUGGACGCCGCCCACCCGGGCCGCCGCCCCCAACCCGGCCGGCCAGGUGGCUUGCGACCACUGCCUGCAGGCGACCGCCGUCAAGACGUGCCUGGUGUGCACGGCCUCCUUCUGCCAGGAGCACCUGCGGCCGCAUCUCGACAGCCCCGCCUUCCGGGACCACCCGCUGCAGCCGCCCAUCCGUGACCUGAUGCGCCGCAAGUGCCCCCAGCACAACCGGCUGCGGGACUUCUUCUGCCCUGAGCACGGCGAGUGCAUCUGCCACAUCUGCGUGGUGGAGCACAAGACCUGCUCGCCUGCGUCCCUGAGUCAGGCCAGCACUGACCUGGAGAACAAGUUGAGGCAUAAACUGACUGUCACGUACAGUCAGAUCAACGGGGCGUCGAGAGCACUGGAGGACGUGAGAGCCAGGCAGCAGGACGUGCGGGAGGUUGCACACAGGAAGAUAGACCAGCUUAGACAAGAAUACACGGAAAUGAAGGCUCUCAUUGAUGCCUCAGAGGCCAGCUCCACACGAAAGAUAAAGGAAGAGGAGAAGAGGGUCAACAGCAAGUUUGACAACAUUUAUCAGAUCCUCCUCAAGAAGAAGAGUGAGAUCCAGACCCUGAAGGAAGAGAUUGAACUUGCCCUGACUAAGGGGGACGAGUAUGAGUUUCUGGAGAAAGCAGCAAAACUGCAAGGAAUCACAACGAAGCCAGUCUAUGUCCCCAAGGUGGAGCUGAAUCACGAGCUGAUAAAGGGUGUCUGUCAGGGCACCUCUGAGCUCAAAAAUGAGCUGAAGCAGUACCUCAAACAGUUCCAGGACAAGAAGCCUGAGGAGCUCAUCAUCCCAGGGGUCCCUGGAGGACAUGACCUGCCGCACAUGCCGAAACCCCCACGGCCUAUGAAGAAGACCCCAAAAGAAGAAAAGAAACCCAAGAAACCUUCCCCAAUCAUUGUCUCAGCCAGCAAGCUUCCCACCUUUGGAGCCCCAGAACAUUUAGUGGAUCUCAAACAAACUGGCCAGGAGGCUGAGGCCAAAGUCCCCACCAGACCGUCGACCCCAGUGUCUCUCAAGGCCAAGGUGCUGGAGACCUUCCUCGCCAAGUCCAGGCCUGAGCUCCUGGAGUAUGCUGUUAAAGUCAUCCUGGACUACAACACUGCCCACAGCAAGGUGACUCUGUCCGAGAACUACACCGUAGCUUCUGUGGCUGACGUACCCCAAAACUACCGACCACAUCCCCAGAGGUUCACAUACUGCUCUCAGGUGUUGGGCCUGCACUGCUACAAGAAAGGGAUCCACUACUGGGAGGUGGAGCUGCAGAAGAACAACUUCUGUGGGGUGGGCGUCUGCUAUGGCAGCAUGGAACGGCAGGGCCCCGAGAGCCGGCUUGGCCGCAACAGUGCCUCUUGGUGUGUAGAGUGGUUCAAUACCAAGAUUUCUGCCUGGCACAACGACGUGCAGAAAACCCUGCCCUCCACGAAGGCCUCGCGAGUGGGCGUGCUCCUCAACUGCGACCACGGCUUUGUCAUCUUCUUCGCCGUGGCUGACAAGGUCCACCUGUUGUAUAAGUACAAGGUGGACUUUGCUGAAGCUCUGUACCCGGCCUUCUGGCUGUUCGCCACAGGCGCCACGCUCUCCAUCUGCUCCUCCAAGUAGGUGGGCUGUGGACGCUUGGGCUGACUGCCUGUGCAGUGCCUGGGACUCUAGUGAAAAUGCUGUAUGUAGGUGGAGCUCUCAGGGAGGUUCCUGAGAGUCCCCAAGGGCUGAAAGGAUGGGAGGGGAGCUGGUGAGGGUGGGAGGAUAGGGAGAUGGGCUAAGAGGAUGGGUUUGGCCAGGGAAAGGGAUGGGGUGAUUGCGUUAUGGGUGAGGAAGCCUUUCUGCCUUCUGCUGCCCAUCAGGCAGGAUGACCCCCUCCCCUUGUUCUGGUAGAUCUCCAGGCUGCCCGGUGGCCGGGUGCGGCUUUGCGGAGUGAAAUCCUUAGUGCCCCUCUGCUCUUGGACAUAAUCUAUAGCCACUGUGGGUUCUUCCUUAGGCCUCUGGUGUCUGCCUCUCUGCUGUCUGGGGUAGCCUUCAAAUCUUGAACUUUUGAUGAUUCUCUACAGAGCUACUUAACUCUAUAGAUUUUUUUAAAAAUUCCAAAGUCAUUGAAUUUCAUUAUUACUCACCCCCCACUACCUACAUGUGGGAGUUGGGGUGAAUGCUCAGACCUCUGGUUAUUUUCUGUGCUUGAGGGAAGCUGCGCACAACAGGUCUCCACCCAGACCAGAGUUUCCCAAAGAAGUAUGUCCUUUUCCUCCACUGUUUCCCUUUCUGUCUUGGACCUCAACACCCCAUCCAUGGUUUUGAAAUGUUUAGUCCAACAGGACCCUUUUCAGUCUAAGAUUUCAAACCAUAAUCUGAAUCAGCCUGUUUUGGAUUUGUGAUUCAGGGUCAAGGUGACCCAGGUCCCAUGUGGCGAGAAACCCCUCCCACUCUCAUGUAUUAUGAAAGGCAUCUCAGCAGAGAUGCCUUGGUUGCAACUACGGAGCCUUCUUCCCCUAGCCCAGGCUUUGGGGCAAGGCUCUUCACCAGGCAAGAGGGACCCUGACUGCGUUCACAGUUGGAGGUUUUCUUCUGAUUGGAGCCUCUUGCCUUCUUACUGAUCACCCUCCUCAGUGAUAGCCUCUGUUCCCCAGGAUUGUGAGAUCCUGCACUGGCUGGUGGAGAUACCACCGUGGCCAGCACAGUUGAACGUUCACCUAAGCCCGCUGUCAGGCAGACAGGCCAGGUGUGGCUACCUCGGGGACCAUACUAGGUCACCUGCUGGGCUGACUACCUAUGGCCAGAAGGGCCUUCUAGCAGAUCCAUGGGAAACAGCAACAUUCCUGUUCAACCCGGCACUGGUCCUUGUGUGAGUUAGAGGCCUGUCACCAGCCCUAGCCCUUUCUACUUUCCUCCUCGUUUGAGCCAAUUCCAGAUGUAGGAAUUGACCAGGCAAAGGGUCAGGAAGACUUAAGGACCAGGGAGGAAAGAAGCUGCCAGGCUUAAGCACAAGGAGCUAUUUUUCCUGCAGUGUUUCUGUGCAGUGAAAAUAACCCCAGUCCACUCAGGGCGGGAGCGAAUGGAUUCCUGGAAUUUCCCAAGCUCCUUAUAUCCUGAUAUUGUCAGGAUGUAAGUUCUGAUCCCCAAAGUGAGAGAAAUGUAACCUCUUGUGGUGAAAUGUGUCCUGCUCUGGGCUUUGCCAAGAGGAGAGCUGAGGUCAGGCUCCUUGUGGUAUGAAAAGGAUAAUAAUACCACUGGAGACAGGGACCCCAGGCCUUUCCAUAUGGAUGUUUGACAAGUUAGUGCUUCUGGAGCCUUGUGCUGGGCCCCCAGGGCACUCUAGUGAGGCCCAGAGCACUUGAUAUUUCUGACAGAUGUGUUCAUCUGUGUCCCCUCCCAACAAGAACUUCCACUUCCUUGGGAGAGAAAUCAUCUUUGUAGGGAAGAUCCCCCUGCAAUAGCUGAAAUGUGGUUUUUAAAAGUUUGCUUUCUUUGCUCCUGGGAAGAAAAGUUCUUUGUUGAUUCUUCUCUGCUUUUGGAGAUGGUCCAAAGCAUCUUCAUUGAUCUCCUGAAACAAACGCCUUGUUUGAAGCCAGUUUAUACUCGGGAAACAGCUGGGUUUAGAGGAGAAUGCCGAAGAUUAAACCAUGGGUCCUGCUUGGGCUCUUCUGCAGAAAUGAGGGCAGCCAAGAGGGCUGUUCUCUGAUGAUCGAUCAUCCAGCUCAGGAAAGGGAAGCAUGAGCCCCUGUGUUGAUGAGAGGCAAGCAGGUAACCCAAGGUGAGCCCUGUGUGGGUUCUUUGCGUGAACUGAGGGGCAUUCCGAACCAUUCUGUUUCCAGUGGUGAGACUUUACAU